CGAAAAUGUUAUAAUAUUGGAUGAGUGAAAUAAUUAAAUACAGCAUAAAAUCGAUAAUGGAGAUCUCUUUGUAAAUGGCGGUGUCGACUAGUUCCCGAGUCCAACUCCUCCACUUGCUAUUUCAAUACGCGUUAACCAGCUAACUUGCGCAGUUUCGUCGGAGUGAUUUUACGGUCACCGGACAGUGAAAUAGACGCCCGCCGUUAAUAUUGACGACGAUGAUGAAUGCUAAUGGAUUUAGCGGUGUGGAGAAAGAGUAUAUAAGGAAACAUCAUCUUCAUCAGCCUAAGGAGAAUCAAUGCAGUUCGUUUUUAGUCAAGCACAUUCGAGCACCUGUUCAUCUUGUUUGGUCAUUGGUUAGGCGGUUUGAUCAGCCACAAAAGUACAAGCCCUUUGUUAGCAGGUGCAUCGCGCAAGGAGAUCUUGAGAUUGGUAGUCUUAGGGAAGUUGAUGUCAAGUCUGGCCUCCCUGCAACAACGAGUACCGAGAGAUUGGAGCUUCUUGAUGAUGAAGAGCACAUUUUGAGUGUCAGAAUUAUUGGCGGGGAUCACAGACUUAGGAACUACUCCUCAAUCAUAUCUCUCCACCCCGAGGUGAUCGAUGGAAGACCUGGGACCUUAGUAAUUGAAUCAUUUGUGGUGGACGUGCCCGAAGGAAACACCAAAGACGAGACGUGUUAUUUUGUUGAAGCAUUGAUCAAUUGCAACCUAAAAUCACUUGCUGAUGUUUCAGAGAGGCUUGCUGUGCAGGACAGGACAGAACCCAUUGAUCAGGUCUAAAUGUUCUGAAGGUUAUUUCACUAAGGAUGAAGCUUCCUCAAGGCUGUUAAUUCUCCUGAGGCUUUGGAGGCGGACUGUAUGUGGCUGCUCUUUUAUAAUCCCCGGUGCUUCCCACUGGUGCUCUACCUUUUUCUUUUGCAGUGUAUGCUUAGGGUUCAGUCAUAUUACUCGUUGUUUGUAGUGUCUCAGAACCACAGAUUUUACAAGGAUUUGUAGACACCCUGUAAAUGGAUGAAAAGACUAGCUUGUUUCGAUUCUUAGAAUUUUGAUAACGGUAUGCCACUUGUCUCAGUUUAGUGUUGUUCCAGGGUCUUGAGUUUGUAGCCUGUGUCUUUUCACUCGCAUUUGUGGUCUCUAUUUGCAGUAAACAAUGGUGUGGGGUACAGGGAAAAACUCUAUUUACUGAAUAGAAGCAUAUUUUGAGGCUCCUA